ACAUCACAGUUAUAAUUACUCAGUUUUCGACAGGUAGCAGGCAAUACACAAUAUAGUGAAACAGCUGAGAAGUAGUGUGGUAAUGUUUCACAUGUAAUACCAUCAAAUAAAAAUGUAGUUUUAUUGGAAUAUUUUCUGCAGUUUGUAAGAGGGUAGUUUAGUUUAUUUACGAAGAAGGAUCGAGGACGUUUAAUUCAUCAUGGAUUAUAAAAUAAACUUUCAAUACCUGUGUUGUGUGCUUUUGUUCGGAUUUUUAGAUUCGAUUUUAGCAGAAAAAAACUGUAAUCCUGUGCGAACAGAAUUCCAGAAUCGAAAAAUUGGACCUCCAGAAUUGGUCCCAAAUUUUACAAUCCACGAUAAUGAAAUCAAGAUCUGCUUUGAUCCAUUAAGAGAUCCAACAAGACUGUCAUGUUGUUCUAAAGCAAGUGAACAACAUUAUGUUAUUGCAGCAAAGAAAUAUCUUAAAGACAGUGUACAUUCUAAAACUGCCUUUUUAAAAAAGUUGAUAUUAGAUCAUAUUUCACAGUUUGAAGAAAGAUUAUCUUCAUUAAUACUUUUAUCAGAGAACAAAACUUCAGUGACUUUAGAAGAUCUUUAUAAAAUUCCAAAGUCAGACUAUAGUCGGCCUGUAUCAGAAUUCUUUUCACAGAUACGACUGUUCAUGAAACAAAAACAAAUAAGUUUAUAUGCCACAGUUGCAACAUUUUAUGACAAUAUAUUUCCAUCAGUGUUAAAGUACAAUCUUCAUAGUGGGAAAGUGUUGACUUUGACACCACAACAGACUUUAUGCUUGCGAAGGAAUCGGCAAGACAUAUUACCAGUACCAUUUGGAAGUACACAAUACAAUAUUUCACACAGUUUACAACAUGCAUUGUCGAAUGUGAAAUCAUACAUAGAAGUGCUUUCUCUAGUUGUUGAAGCCAUUAACUUGACAGAUUUCGCUUCAGUCACAGAAAAAUGUGUUCACCAAGUGACUCAGCUCCAAUUUUGUUCCCGGUGUCAAAAUGAAACCACUGUUUUACCAUGCAAAGGAUUAUGUUUGAAUACAAUGAGAAGAUGUUUAGCACAGUUUUCCAUUUUGCAUCAAGAUUGGAAAAAACUGAUGAUGUCGGUUGUUCGGCUAGAUGGUGGACAGAGCGACAAAUACAAUGUAGAAGCAAUACUGCAACAACUGAGCCACGAUAUUGAUAUGUCAAUCAAACAUGCAGUUCGUAACAUUGCAGUCACUUUUAAUGCUGCUAAAGGUUUAUGUGCUAUUUCCGCAGCAGAUACACAAAUUCCAAUCAGAACAGCUUCAAGUCAGCUGGGAACACAACUCAAGCAUAACAGAAACCGUAGAACAAUGGGUGGCGACCUAAACGAUCAAGUCCUACAAGUGAAAGAGCAACUUCUCAUAUCAAUGAAUAUUUUCAACACUAUUUCUGAAGAUAUUUGUGAGCAAAAACUUUUUUAUGACCAGGAUCCAGAUAGUACUAUGUGUUGGAAUGGUACUUUGGUGGGCAGAUUUACUGGUAAUAUCGAGCAUCUUAAAGCAUUUACCACAUCAGAGAUGGAUGUGGACCCACAAUUGAUAACAAUGAGAGACAAACUGUCAUUGACGAGAAAUACAUUAGACACAGAACAUCAAGAAUACAGAGACUCGAUGAUGUCAGAUUCUUCAAUUUUCAAGUAUGGUAGUGGAGACCGAGGUAUAAAUUAUGGUGGAGGCAUUGUUCUAGAGACAGAUGAUGAGGAUUUGAAUGGAUCUGGUAGCGGUAGUGGGGAUGGAAGUGGUGAAAAACCUAACCCAAUUGAUGUAACCAUUGCACCAACCAAAAGCUUCAAUCCUCCAAAUAAAAAUCAACGGCCUGAAAGUUCCGCUAGUUCAGUUUCUGUUUCGGUGGUGAUGGCUUUUCUGACAGUAAUAACAACAUUGAUAUUAUGACAGACAGCAGUCGACUGAAGAGGAAAGAACAGAGUGAGAAACUCGGAAUAAAAUUUCUAUCAUGUGAUAUUUGCAAUUUUAUUAACUUUAUUGUAUUAUUGUAUAAAUGUAUAUGUGCCUUUAUACAUAACUAAUAUUAGCAGCAUUCUUAUAAGUAUUUUAAAAAAGCUUCUUGUCACACUGUUUUUAUUUAACAACAUUCUUCUGUGUGAAAAAAAAAUGUCUUUAUGACUUAUUUCAAACCCUUGCUGUUCAAAAGUGUGGUUGACUUAGUUGAUGAAUUUAUUAGAAAGAUAAUAAAGCACAUUGAUCAAAACUUUAAAAAAAUAAGAAACUUACAAAUAUGGCCUUGAACCUUGAAAACAGAUCUACUCAUUUACAUAGCUAGAGUGAUUGUUAAUAAUGAAAUUGUGACAGUAGCUUUUUAUCAUAAACAUACAUAGUUAUACCAUAAUAGACAGAAACUAUACAUACAAAUAAUGUGACUGUAGAAAAAUGUGUGUGUAGUUUGGAACAAGAUUGCAUUUCAGAAUCUAAAGCAUUGUGGGUAAAAAUUGUCAAAUGCAUUAUGGGUAAAAAUUGUCAAAAGCAUAAACCAAAACAAUUGGUGAGGGGAAUUCACAGAUAAUGAAUUUUCAACCAAAGCAUCAAGGCAUUCCAACGCUGGUGUAUGAACUAAAGUUACUCAUAGAACUUUAGAUGCAUAAAAAGUAAAUUGCAUAUCUCAUUACUUCUAAACUGUUUAAAAUUAAGAAAAACAAAGUGAAUGGCAGUGCCCUGCUGCCUUAUGUUAUUCUGAUACAUAAUUUGAAUAGCAUAGAUAUGAUAAAUUGACUGCUCCACCAGACAGUUAAUAAAUUUGACACAUUGAAUAAUUAAAAUUAAUGGAUUUGAUAAGAUAUUUCAUUUUUUGUUCAGAAAAUUGACAGGAUAAAUCCUUACAUGUUUUUUUUGUCUACUGUUGAUAAGAUUUUAUGUUGCCAAACUUUUUUGCAUCUGAUUUCAGCCAUUAUGUGGUUAAAUUAUGCAUUUAUUAGUCAAGUCUUUCUAACAGUUAUGCAUUUUAAACGUUGAAUUAGAUGUUCAUUGCUAAGUAAUCCAAUAGUUGUACUUGGAAACAAAUGCAUGUUAGAUUAGUUAAUAAUGCUUUUCCUAGUUGUUAUUAUUUCAUUAUUGUCAUUAUCAAAAGGUAUAAUCUCAAGUCUUUCAGAAUUGUAUGUAUAUUUUGCUGAUUUAUUUUUUAGCUCACUGGCCAAAGGCCAAUCAUUGGUUUUGCAUUACUUUGCUUUAAUCCAUUCUCUGCCUCAGAAGUGUGUUACUCAUUGAUAAUAUAAAGACUUAUAUUGUAAAACUCCAUUGAUCUAAUAAUAUCGGUAAAUAUAAUUCUUUGUGGAAAGCUUAUGCUUUUUUUCUAGCAUGACUUUAAAAAAGUUAUAUAAAAUGACUGUUUUAGAAUCGGAUGCAUUCUGGAUAAUAAUUUCGAAAGGGUACACUAAAACAGUGUGAUUGGUUAACAGAAUUGUAUACCAUGGGUAUCAAACUAAAAAUGAAACAUUGUUCUCAUUUUGGUAAACAGAAAAGGUCAUUUCUUAAAUCCAAAUUGGUGCUAGACAUAGCUCUUCAAUGUCCUGAUUAGGCCAAAGGGCAAUGAAGUUGAAUUCAUAAAAAUAAAUGGUUUAUCUUCAAAACUGCAUAGAGAUGAAUCAUUUUAAAAAAAACUGUUUUACCGACCUAAGUAUUUAAUAUUAGCAUUCCUAUAGGCUACUAGUUAGCACACUCCUUAACCAAAAAAACUUAACAGAUAGCUUUUAAAGUGAUGUGUAAGUCGUGAGUGAACAGACUUCUAUGCUUAAGCUUUAGCUCUUUUUUGUUUUAUUUUAUUUUUUUCAAGUCAUUGUACAUAUAUAUAUAUAUAAAUGAAAGCUGAAAGCUUAAUAAUGGGGAAAGUUCAGUUGUCACUUGUUAACAAAGUCAGUACAAUGAAGGAAUGUAUGAGAAAACUGUUCAAAAGUUGUUAUAUCCUUUGUUAUGUAUAUAAUCAUUGAUAUGUAUCAGGCCAAAUCAGAUAAAUGUUAGCUUUUCAUUUCUUUCUGAGUCCUCUCAAAAACACUCAUUGUGCUUUGUAUUCUAUUUGUUUUCUUUUUUGAUAAUCAAGGUUCAAACUUGUUUUGCUUUUUGUUUCAUUUUUGGUUGAUCAGUAUUAUGUAUUAUGAAAUUUCUAAAAAAAAAAAUUGUGGUAGUCUGAGAAGCUAAAGAAUUACUCUGUAUGGCCUAAUUGAUUUUAUUUUGCUGAACAGGCAUCAUGUAAAAUUUUAACCAAGCAUUGUUGACAAUUUAUUAUAUAUGUAGUAGAGGGGAGAUAAUACAUUAUCAAUAUUACAAAGACACUAAGGGAGACAAUUUAAAUUGCCUUUGCUAUUUAUCUUAGUCAAGGGAGAUAACUGAAUAAUUUCCCCUAUCAUUACUGCAUGUAUUUUUGCUACUACAUGUACCAUAUUAAUGAGUGCAUUUGUGACGCUUGUUGAGUUAAAUCCAAACGCUAAGUGCCAUUAAAUUCAAUGACCAUAUAUAGUAUCAACCAUUGGGAAGUUUCAGUUGCAGUGGUGUAAUUAAUUAAAUUAUAAAAAAAAUUAUUUAAAAUUUUGCGAUAUGGUACAAAUUUUUGUGGGUAGUGAAUUUCAGCAUUUUCACCGUCUGAAAUUUUGUAAUUUAAUUCACAUAUUUACCUCAGCAUGAAUUGUUAAAAUUUGAAGUAAUAUAAUGAUCUCAAAUUAAAAAAUACUGUGACCAUUUGCUUAUUUUGUUUCUCCCAUUUUCACUUACAACAGUGACAAGUUAUGUAUACAACAAAAGAAAUCUUAAUGACUUGAUAAUGUUAUUUAGAAAAAAAUGAUUUUAGAAGAAUUGUUUUAAUUUUAUCUUCAUCUUUUUAAUUGUAAUUUGCCUUAAGAUAGCUUGCAUUUAUUAACUAAAACAGUAUUCACAUAAUCAGGAGAGAAAAGCAUUAUUAUCUUUGUUUGUCAUCGGGUUUUUAAAAAUGAUAUUUUAAAUUCAUCAGGAGGGGGAGAGGGUAUCAUAUGAUAGACCGUGUAUUGACCUCAUGUUUUCUUUUGGUUUUAUGAUGUUGUUAGGUUUCUUUCUCAUUGAUGUAUACCCUACAUCUCUUUAUUGGUAUAUGAGAAUGUAUGCUAGAAUGACCUGCUCGUGGAAGAUAAAUUUUUAAAUCUCAUCUUCUAAUAGAUACUUUUAAUUUGAUAUUUACUGGCAUUCUGGUGCUUCAAAAUAUGCAUGAUCGGAUGCAGCAUUUAUUGUCUCUUUUUCCCCUUUAUCAUACUAAAAUACUAAGUUUUAUCCAUUUAUGUAUAUCUUUGUUUAUUUCAAUGUGUAAUUGUUGUUGUAGAUGUAUAGGCCAUUUUAGACUUAAAAGAGCUCAAAGCUCAAACAAAUAUUUCUGUUACAUUAAAAACAGUUUUAUUUACUUUCAAAUCAAUGAUGUUGAAUUAUACAUUUUGCCAAUAAAUUAUACAUUUAGCCAAUAAAUGUAUUCUUAAAUACAUCUUGUUUGAUAAACCUUAAAUUGUGGGCAAAGCAAUUUUUCGAGAAAAAAAUAAAUUAAGCAUACUUUUAUAAUAAUGCAUUUUUUUUUACCUUUUAACAGAAUCACUGUAAUUUAUUCAAUAAAUCUUUCUUGACACGUUUUUAAUGUAACAGAAAUUUUACUCCCAUGUAAAAAUCGCCAUGAUUUUUUUAAUGCUAUUAGUUUAAUAUAAAUUUGAGAAACAAUCAUGAAAAUAAUUGACACAAAGAUUUUGUCUGAUCAUUUUUUUUUUAACAUGCAUGAUCCUGAUGAAAAAUAUAUUGGGCAAGUUGUCGCUCAUACAUUUUUACUGCAAUAUUUACCAAAACAUUUUUUUUUCUUUUUAUCUCUUCAUAAAAGAAAUGUUAGUGAUAAAAAUUUUUGUUUUACACAGAGUUUUACAAUUUUACAUGGGACAUUUUCUUUUAUUUUUUUUAUUGUACAUGUAUCAAAUACAUAUGUAAUAAGAGUUUCUGUGAUUAAUUGUGAUAUUUUGUCAAAAGAGGUGAUAAAAAGUUUACAAUAUGAACGCAACUAAAAAUGUAGGAAUGGACAUAGAGUUAUUAUCUAUAACCUCGAUCAAGAUAAACAGAAAUUUUUGAAAAGGACUUAGGGUGUAACAGAAGAGAAAACAGCUAAAGGUUCAUUUAUUCCAUAACUAUUUAACUUAAAAUAGAUUAUUCACUUAUUUCGCUUGUCAAGACUUGUAUAUUUUUCGAAAAUAAAGUAGAAAAAUUUGAACUUAUUGGUAAAUAUGAAGAAAACAAACUUGUUUAUUUUUUGGUGUAGUUGGGUUGACAUAUACCCCACAAAUCCUUUUAUUCUGACUCUUAGAAAUCCACGAUUGACACAGUCAAUACAGAGUAUUAUUGAAUAGCAGGAAAUCUUUGAAAAUCUAUAAAUAGUGCCAAUAUGGCUGCUAUUACACAUGUGUUAUUAACAUUAUUGUUUUUAUCAGAAAUCCAAAUUAUUUGAGGUUUGUAAUUACAUGUAUAGUGCUUGUAUGAAAAGUAGGUGAAAAAAAAUCUAUUUAUAGAAAACUGUUCAUAGUUUCAUUUUAUUUUUUGUAAAUUUUAACCUUUUUAUAAAGAAAAAGAAAAAAGCUUAUUAUGUUUGCAUUAUAACUUGCACUAAAUUAUUUGUUUAGUUUAAAAAAAAAUAAUGUGUAUUGAUCAUAGUAAAAGAAAUAUUUUAAUUUGCAUUUGUCAAAAAAAAAAAAAGAAUAAAACAAUGAAUCAAUAACAUAAAUAAUUUAAAGUUUUAAUGAAUAAUUUAUGAAUAUAGGUCCAUUCCAUCAUUUUUAUUCUGGCAUGUCCACCAUUUCACCAGAAAACUUAAUAUUGUUAUUGUUAUUUUAUUGUAUGACGAUGUUCAGAAUUAUAACCAAUAUUUUUGUGUAUCAUCCAUCACAUUUUAAUAAGACUAUUUUUAUUAUGAAAAUACUUCUUUAAAAUGAUUAUUUGCAUUAAAUUUUAAAGCCAUCCUA